UAAAUUUUUAACAUACUUUUUGUCACUUGCUUUUCACAACACCGAGUGAUGGCCCCGUGUUUUCUGUUACUGUCCCCUUGUUUUCUAUUCCCCAACAUUCUGAAGUUUACACUCACAAAACUGUAUUAUUUAUCAGAAUAUCAAAAAUGCACAAUUUCUUUUGUUGUUGUUAACAGUAGCUAAAAAGGUAUUUAUGUGAUCUUAAGCAGUUCUAAGAGCAUAUUGGUAAGUCUGUAUGUGUUUAAGUAAAGACUUUAAGAAGUUUGAACUAAAACAUUUUGUAUUUGUCAUAGUUGAUUCCUGAUUGGAGGAGAAAAUACUUUUUAGUUACUUGACGGUUUUUUGUUUAAUGUAGUACUAAAUUUGAAAGCCAAUCAUUGGCAAAGGUAGUUUUUAGAAUCUUUUUUUCAUUGUAAAUAUAGACUACUGUCUCAGUCAGUUUGGGCUGCUGUAACAAAAUACCGUGGACUAGAUGGCUUACAGUAAACAUUUAUUUCUCACAGUUCUGGAGACUGAAAGAACCUAAGAUCAAAAUGCCAGCAGAAUUGGUUCUUGGUGAUGGGCCUCUCCCUGGCUUGUAGACAUCACCUUCUUGCUGUACCCUCACAUGGAGAGCAGAGUGAGGACAAGCUCUGUGGUAUUUUCUUAUAAAGAUACUGAUCCCAUCAUUAGAGCCCUAAUCUCGUGACCUCAUUGCAACCUAAGCACCUCCCAAAGGCCCCACAUCCAAAUACCAUCAGGGCUUCAACAUAUGAAUUUGGGGUGUGGGAGACAGUUUAGUCCAUAGCAACUAGCUAUGGGGAAAAUCUUGUCCGUAAAUACUAACCCUAGCAUUUUUUGUUUGUUUUUAGUGUUAUGUGCCAAGAACCUUGCAAAGAAAGACUUCUUUAGACUCCCUGACCCCUUUGCAAAGAUUGUUGUGGACGGAUCUGGGCAGUGCCACUCAACGGACACUGUGAAAAACACAUUGGACCCAAAGUGGAACCAGCACUAUGAUCUAUAUGUUGGGAAAACUGAUUCUAUAACCAUCAGCGUGUGGAACCACAAGAAAAUUCACAAGAAGCAGGGAGCUGGCUUCCUGGGCUGUGUGCGGCUGCUCUCCAAUGCCAUCAGCAGAUUAAAAGAUACUGGAUACCAGCGUUUGGAUCUAUGCAAACUAAAUCCCUCAGAUACUGAUGCAGUUCGUGGCCAGAUAGUGGUCAGUUUACAGACACGAGACAGAAUAGGCACUGGAGGGUCUGUGGUAGACUGCAGAGGACUGUUAGAAAAUGAAGGAACCGUGUAUGAAGACUCAGGGCCUGGAAGGCCACUCAGCUGCUUCAUGGAGGAACCCGCCCCUUAUACAGAUAGUACUGGUGCUGCUGCUGGUGGAGGAACCUGCAGGUUUGGGGAAUCCCCAAGUCAAGAUCAAAGACUUCAGGCACAGCGACUUCGAAAUCCUGAGAUCCGAGGGUCCCUCCAGACACCUCAGAACCGACCACAUGGCCACCAGUCACCAGAACUGCCCGAAGGCUAUGAACAAAGAACAACAGUGCAGGGACAAGUCUACUUUUUGCACACACAGACUGGAGUGAGCACGUGGCACGACCCCCGAAUACCAAGCCCCUUGGGGACCAUUCCUGGGGGAGAUGAAGCUUUACUAUACGAAUUCCUUCUACAAGGCCAUACAUCUGAGCCCAGAGACCUUAACAGUGUGAAUUGUGAUGAACUCGGACCACUGCCACCAGGUUGGGAAGUCAGAAGUACAGUUUCUGGGAGAAUAUAUUUUGUAGAUCAUAAUAACCGAACAACCCAGUUUACAGACCCAAGGUUACACCACAUCAUGAAUCACCAGUGCCAACUAAAGGAGCCCAGCCAGCCGCUGCCGCUGCCCAGUGAGGGCUCAGUGGAAGAGGAGGAACUUCCUGCCCAGAGAUACGAAAGAGAUUUAGUUCAGAAACUGAAGGUCCUCAGACAUGAGCUUUCACUUCAGCAGCCCCAAGCUGGUCAUUGCCGCAUAGAAGUAUCCAGAGAAGAAAUAUUUGAGGAGUCUUAUCGCCAGAUAAUGAAGAUGCGACCAAAAGACUUGAAAAAACGGCUCAUGGUGAAAUUCCGUGGAGAAGAAGGUUUGGAUUAUGGCGGCGUGGCAAGGGAGUGGCUUUAUUUAUUGUGCCAUGAAAUGCUGAAUCCGUAUUAUGGACUCUUCCAAUACUCUACGGACAAUAUUUACAUGCUGCAAAUCAACCCAGAUUCUUCCAUCAACCCUGACCAUUUGUCUUAUUUCCAUUUUGUUGGUCGGAUCAUGGGUCUGGCUGUGUUCCAUGGACACUACAUAAAUGGGGGUUUCACAGUUCCCUUCUAUAAGCAGCUAUUGGGGAAACCCAUCCAGCUCUCUGAUUUGGAAUCGGUCGACCCAGAACUACAUAAGAGCUUAGUGUGGAUUCUCGAGAACGACAUCACCCCUGUGCUGGACCACACCUUCUGCGUGGAGCACAAUGCUUUUGGGAGGAUUCUUCAGCACGAACUGAAACCAAAUGGCAGGAAUGUUCCCGUCACAGAGGAGAACAAGAAAGAAUAUGUCCGGUUAUAUGUAAAUUGGAGAUUUAUGAGAGGAAUCGAAGCCCAGUUCUUAGCACUUCAGAAAGGGUUUAAUGAGCUCAUUCCUCAGCACUUACUGAAGCCUUUUGACCAGAAGGAACUAGAGCUGAUAAUAGGCGGCCUGGACAAAAUAGACCUGAACGACUGGAAGUCUAACACUCGGCUGAAGCACUGUGUGGCCGACAGCAACAUCGUCAGGUGGUUCUGGCAGGCGGUGGAGACCUUUGAUGAGGAGAGGCGGGCUAGGCUCCUACAGUUUGUGACGGGGUCCACGCGUGUCCCGCUCCAAGGCUUCAAGGCAUUACAAGGUUCUACAGGCGCCGCAGGCCCCCGGCUGUUCACCAUCCACCUGAUCGAUGCAAACACAGACAACCUUCCGAAGGCCCACACCUGCUUUAACCGGAUCGACAUUCCACCUUACGAGUCUUAUGAAAAGCUCUACGAGAAGCUGCUGAUAGCAGUGGAGGAGACCUGUGGGUUUGCUGUGGAGUGAAGAGCAACCAAAGGCAACAGAUUCUAGCUCACGACCACCAGACCAAAAGCCUGUCGCUUUCCGCGUGCCUCCUGCGAAGCGGGCUGAGCGCGGGGAUUCUAGAUGACCUGAGGGAGAGGGUGUCUCCCUCUUUUGUGUCGGGGAGCAAGGGGGCGGGGGGACUUUGGUUGGUGGCUCCCACCCAUCUUUUCCUCCUUUACGACAGUACCCCCACCCCCUUCCAUCACCCAUCCAAUAAAGUGCAGCCAGGUUUAGAUUUGGCUUCGGUCACACAGGAUAUUCUGCUAUGGUUGUAACACACUUGGCAUCAGGCGCACUGCCCUGUGGUCUUACGGGAGGAUCGGCCUGCAGCCCUGGAACUGAGCUUAGCUUCCUGUGGGUCUGUAACUGGUAGCUGCACUAGCUAUUCUGUCUCAAGACAGUCUUCAGGCCCCUUUUCCGGUUCAGCAGCUCAAAUUCCAAAUUUCACAUCCUAGUGGUCUGCUCUGGGUGCAGAUUAAUUUCUACCUGAAAAGUUACUGUAUAAUACAUGCUUACUGGGACCCUGCCACAGCAGAAAGCUUGAGUCCAAAACAUGCUUCCCUUUUGAAAGGUAAAGGAAUGGGGCAGCUUUAGCUGGAGGCCCAGGCUAUUUCUUUUCAGGGUAUCCUGGUUGUAAAUUUUGUUUUGCAUAGAGGAAAAUGAUCUUCCCUUUUAAGAUUCCCUUUGGCCACACUAUCUACCCCAGUUUGAAAUAUUUUUCAGUGAGACCACCACAUAAUGGAGCUCCCAAGCUGUGGCUCCUGUACCACCUGUUUGCAAAGGAGUGUCAGCUGGGUCACUUGGAUACUAACAAUUAUGUGGAAAUUGCUAACAGCUAAACUAAUAAAAAUUCUGUUAUUACAGCAAACUAGCUUAAAAGGGAAAUUGGGAAUAGAUAACCUCGAUGACUGGAGUCGACCCCAAGUUGCUAUUUUACGAAAAGCAGGGUGUGGGUGUAAACCUGACAGCAGAGAGGGACAACCCACCCUGACCAUUAUUCAGCCCAUUUCCCAUGUCAGAUGGUGACGGUGACAAUUGCUACUUGAUUUACUUGCCCUGAUGUCUUCAUAUGAUGAGCAAGACCAAAGCACGCUGAGACCCUAAGUUUCUAACACUGUUUUCCAAUUUGCACAGAAGUUCGAACAGUAUUUUAUUUAACAAGUGGCUUGAUUCCAGAGAGUGAACUUCAGUGAGAAUCAGCGGCAGCAACAGGUUUUCCCAUCUGGUUUUUCUGUUGUUGUUUUUGUUUAGGGGCAAGUGCAGGGAGGGUCAUUCAUUAGCGAGACACUUCACUAUUGAAAUUUCGCUGUUGAAGCUUCUGAGUUAGCCGCUGGGAUCCAGCUGUGGGUCUGAGGUGGGUUUGGAAGGAGCGUUUGGUCAGCUGUUUCGCUGUUGUUGUUACUGAUGGCUGUAAACUGGGGUGUGGAGGAUACUGACUGCUGCGUCUUGCUCUGGUUCCUUGGCUUGCCCCAGAGGCAGCCUGUAGUUUGACAUGGGGGUGCUCAGACCUCUUAGGAGAAGGACCUUCCCCUGCACAGAGGCUUGUGCAGGUCGUAGGUAAGACUGCCAGCUGUGGAUUCCAAGAGCAAUGAGAGCCAAGCCUCUGGGCUGCUCACUGGGGCUCAGACAGAAGGGAUGUCAAGUGUGAUUUGCGGCCGAAGGAAAACUGAGUCCAGUCACAAAGUCCCAACCAAACUGUGGGCUUUGUCUUGAGGAGUCCGAUUUGUCCUGGUGGGGCUUCUCCUGUGUCUCAUUCACCACGAGGCCUUCUGAGGGCAUCCUAGAAGCCCCCCAAUGGCUUAUCCAGUCCUCGCGGUCUUCUUCUGGAAGAAAGAGGAAAUGAAAGCUACAGAUCUCCCACUAGAUAGGUCUCCUCUUCCACAUGAGCCUACACCACAGGAGGAGAGGACAUCCGUCAGAAGUGCAAGGCCCUCGAGACUGAGGUAGGAAGCCCCCCACCCCGAAUCGAUUCUGUGGCAGUGGCCAGAUCUGCAGUACUUAGAAAGGAAACGAGGGUCUAGUGGUUGAAAAGACUUGCAAGCAGGACUGUGGCAUCGGACUCCUUUAGAACUACCUACCUUCCUGCCGUUAGAAGGAACCAGGGAACGAUCCUCCGAAUCUGUACCUGCCGGCCCCUCGCUGUUCUCGCGUGUCAGGUGUCGCCUCAGCAAGAUCCAGAGGGUCGUGUCCUGGCUCCUCUGGGAGCUGCUUGGGACACCCACGUUACCUGUCUAUAAGGCCUGGGGCUCUGCUUUUUCACUUACACUUGCCCAUGAGCACCCUCAUCAGCUGUGAGUGUUACCAGGGAGCCUGAAAGAGAACUUUCCAGAGCUUCAGUUUACUCUUGCCAAACAGGCCUAUCUGUCCGUGGCGUUGCACUUCUAGGACCUUAACUAUUGACAAUUGUUUGGGCCUUUUGAACCACCCCAAAGAAUAGUGUAGCAAGCAGUUGGUAAAAGCUCCCAGUGGCUACACUCUAGGUCUGUGGAACCCCAUCCACACGGGCGUUCUCCUUCGUACCCUUCUCGGGCUCCCAGACGGCACCCAACCCCGGCCUCUGGCCCGAUGCUUCGGGCCCACUUCCAGGCCUGCCCUCACCAGCGGUCAGCAGCCGACCCUCAGGGAUGUAGCAGACCACCGCUCUGCAGGCGGGGAAAGCUAAGGGGCUGCGUGUGGGGACAGUGACCCGAACUCUCUCGACUUCUGAAGGGAGAAUCCGCCUGCCCAAUGGAGUUGGGGCCCCUGGGUCCAAAUUCAGGUUAGGUGGUCCUCAGAUCUGAGCUGUCAGGGAGGGGCCUUGUGCACAGAAAGUGCCCGCCCCACCCCAUGGCAGCCAGGUGCAUGCCGCACGGCAGCCAUCCCCAAACAUAGUAUGAAUUUUUAAAAUUUGUUUAUUUUUGUUUCUCAACCACUUUAUAAUGUAUUUUUAAUUUAUUUUGUAAUGUCUUGUUCUUAAGUAUUGCUGCUAUCCUUGUUGUUCUUCCCACUGUUUUUAUUGCUGAUUUAUUUUGUGAAAGUUGUAACUAAUGUUCUGUUUUAUGUCAAAAUCAAAAGUAUUUAAAGAAAUACUAGUUCUAUUUAAUGUGGUUAUGGAACCAGCUGGAAACACACAACAAACAGCAACUGUACAGCAGGCUGGACCCGGGAGGUCAGGUUCAUUUUGUUACAUAUGCAAUAAACUCGCGACUUUACAUGUUCA